GUGUGGGAGGAGGAGGAGGAGGAGGGUCGCCCAACUGCUGCCACUUCGUCGACCGUGAGCGGCAAGUCGCUGGCGGCGGCAGCCCGCCCCUCGCUGCAUGGCAGCCCAGUGAGGGAGGAGCGGGCGAGGGUCUGGCGCUGCCCGGAAGCCGAGGGAGCCAGCGCCGGCGGCAGCAGCGCCCGCCGCCCUCCCGCCGGGAUGCUCCCCGCUCUCCGCUGAGGCGCAGCCCCGCCGCGAUGCUCUCGCCCGAGCGCCACCACCACCACCGCCACCCGCCGCCACCGCAGCCACCGCCGCCGCCGCACCACCCGCCGCAGCCCAGCCAUGUCGUGGCCACCAUCGAAAACCUGCCGGCGGAGGGCGGCAGCGGCGGCGGCAGGAGCGGCAUCUCCGCUCCCUCCUCCAGCGUGCGCCAGAGGAUCAGGAAAGUGCUGAACAGGGAUCUCUUGCUGUCCGUGGCACUUGGCCAGGUACUCUCCCUCCUUAUCUGUGGCAUUGGUCUCACAAGCAAGUAUUUGUCGGAAGAUUUCCAUGCCAACACACCUGUUUUUCAGAGCUUCCUCAAUUAUAUCCUUCUAUUCUUGGUCUACACAACAACACUAGCUGUCAGACAAGGAGAAGAAAACUUGCUGGCAAUUUUGAAAAGGAGAUGGUGGAAGUACAUGAUCCUGGGGAUAAUAGAUAUAGAAGCCAAUUACUUGGUAGUCAAAGCUUAUCAAUACACCACUCUGACGAGUGUACAGCUCCUAGACUGUUUUGUCAUCCCAGUGGUGAUCCUUCUCUCCUGGUUCUUCUUACUGGUACGAUACAAGGCAGUACAUUUCAUUGGGAUCGUGGUCUGCAUUCUGGGCAUGGGCUGCAUGGCAGGAGCAGAUGUCCUUGUUGGGAGACAGCAAGGAGCAGGUGAAAAUAAGCUGAUAGGGGAUCUCUUAGUACUGGGAGGAGCAACGCUAUACGGCAUCUCAAAUGUCUGCGAGGAGUACAUCGUCCGAAACCUGAGCCGAGUGGAAUUCCUGGGCAUGAUUGGACUCUUUGGCUCCUUCUUCAGCGGAAUCCAGCUUGCAAUCAUGGAACACAAAGAGCUGCUGAAAGUUCCCUGGGACUGGCAAAUAGGCUUGCUGUACGUUGGGUUUAGUGCCUGUAUGUUUGGCCUCUACAGCUUUAUGCCAGUGGUCAUAAAGAAAACCAGUGCUACUGCCGUCAACCUCUCCCUACUCACAGCUGACCUGUACAGCCUCUUCUGUGGAUUAUUCCUCUUCCACUACAAGUUUUCAGGACUUUACUUGCUGUCAUUCUUCACUAUCCUCGUUGGGCUGGUGCUCUACUCCUCCACAUCCACCUACGUAGCCCAGGAUCCUCGAGUGUACAAGCAGUUUCGAAACCCUUCAGGACCUGUUGUAGACCUGCCAGCCACUGGCCAGCUGGAGCCUUCAGUAACAUAUACCAGCCUGGGGCAGGAGACAGAAGAGGAGCCUCAUGUUAGAGUUGCUUAAGCCCAGGGCUGUCGAUCAACUGCUGAUGAUUCGGUGGAGCUCGUCUAUCCAUUAUCUCUGUAUUGUACAUAGAGAAAGGUAUUUACCAGGUGCAGUUACACUGGUGAGCUGCAAGGUAGCAAACAAGGAAAGCUGAUAGAAAUACAAAUGAAUUGUUCCAGGGUGUUCAUUGCAAGGAGAUGCCAGUCCCUCGUUUAUGAUAUGGGCAGCGUGUUUGCAACACACACUGCUGCACAUGAAUCAAUGUCACACUACCUGUGAAAGAGAUUCAAUGUAGAAGCUGAAGUUGCACAAGGAAAUUCAAUGUAGAAGCUGAAGUUACACAAGGAAACUCAGUGUAGAAGCUGAAGUUACACAAGGAAAUUCAUAGAAGGGUGUUUUUGCAUCCACUGAGUGACAGUGUGCCUAGGCCACAGCAGUUGUGGAGAAGACACCUUUAUGCAGCAGAUACACUUGUACAGUCGCUGUUUAUGCCUCCCUAAGAUUUGUUUGUACAAAAGAGAUGGGUUACUCUUGGCAGCAGCACCCUGACACAUUUUUGCUAGCGCCUUGGAUUCGGUGAGGGAAAGACCACGAAAUCACCUGUGCUGUGUCUAGUUGCCCUUCCUAGGUAAUCUGUUCCAUGAAUCCAGAGAAGGGCCAACUUACAAUAUCCAUCUCUAUUCUAGGAAUAGGUAUAAGGUGAGCAUUUUAGCCUUUCUAUAUUUGCAAGAGUGAAGUACUCCAGCAUUGACCUCUCUAUGAUCCAUGACAGAUUUCCUAGCGGCCGAGGUUCUGCGUCAGGUGACAGGGAGUUAGCUCCUCUGUAGUUGUGACUUAACACAGGUUUCUUACUUUUUCAAUUUUAAUCUGUAAAAAAAAAAAAA